AUGAUUAAGAUUGCUUCCUGGAAUAUAAGGGGCCUUAAUAGCCCCAGAAAGCAGAUGGAAAUAAAAAAAUUCAUUCAUACUAGUCGAUUAUCCUUGAUAGGGAUUGUGGAAACCAAGGUUAGGCAGGAAAAUCUGGCAGUAGUUAUGCAAAAAUGCCUUCCUUCUGGUUGGGAGUUUCUUCAUAAUAUAGGGUCUAGCUCUGUAGCUAGAAUCAUUGUUGCUUGGGAUAAGCAGGGUCCAUCGGUGAGUCUUCUUUCUACUUCUGAUCAAAUGAUGUUGUUGUCAGUUACCAUGGAGAUGAAGACUUUUGUUAUCUCUAUUGUUUAUGGUUUUAAUCAAGCUGGUAAUAGGAAGAAAUUGUGGGAUGAUCUUCGUACUAGCUAUAGUCUUGUUGGUCAUCAGCCUUGGAUUUUGAUGGGUGAUUUACUGAUUUCAAUGCUGAGAGCAGGCUGUGAGCAUUGUUAUAGUAGAUUGGAUAGGGCAGUGGUUAAUGCUCAAUGGCAAAAUAUCUUUACUGAAUCUGAGGCUGUUGUUCUUACACCUGGAGUUUCUGACCACUGCCCUCUUACAGUUUCAAUUCUUCCUUACAAAGGAGGGAUGAAAGCUUUCAAUGACAUUCAGAAGCGAGUUUUGGCAGCAAAUGAAGAGCUUGUCCAUAUUCAGAGUAGGUGUGCUCAUGCCCCUGGGGAUCCUAUUUUAAUGGAAUAUGAGAAACUGUCCCUUCUUCAUUACAAUGGGCUCAGCUUGGCUGAGGAGAGUUGGAGUAGACAGAAGUCCAGAAUUAGAUGGUUAAACUUGGGUGACAAUAAUACGAAAUUUUUCCAUAAGAAAGUUGCUAGCCACAGGAUGAGGAACAAGAUCAUCUCUAUAUGUGAUGCUGGGGUUACUCCUGAAGAGGUUAAGGUAGCUAUUUUUGCUAUAAAUGGUGAUAAAUCCCCAGGGCCUGAAGGAUAUAAUGCUAGCUUCUUUCAAAAAAACUGGACUGUGGUAGGAGAUGAGAUUCUUGCCAGUAGGUUACAACCUGUCCUUCCUCACAUUAUCAACAAAGGUCAAGCUGCUUUUGUCAAAGGAAGGUCAAUCUCUGAUAACAUUCUCCUCAUGCAAGAACUUGUUAGGAACUAUCAAAGAGACUCUGGGCCAGAUAGAUGUGCCAUCAAGAUAGAUCUUAUGAAGGCCUAUGAUUCUGUAGAUUGGGAUUUUCUCUUUGAAGUCAUGGUGGCUCUGAACUUUCCUUCCAAAUUCAUCUCUUGGGUUAGAAUUUGUAUUACUUCUGCCAUGUAUUCGAUUGUGAUAGAUGGGGAAUUGGAGGGCUUCUUCAAAGGUGAGAAAGGCCUUAGACAAGGAGACCCUAUAGCUCCAUAUCUUUUUCUCUUGAUAAUGGAAGGUCUGUAUGCAAUCCUCCAAAAGAAGAUUUCUGAGGGUCAGUUCAAUUACCAUCCAAAGUGUUCAGCUCUGUCUAUUUCUUAUCUGGCUUUUGCUGAUGAUUUAUUCUUAAUGGCUGGAACUGAUUGCCACUCAAUUGCUAUUCUCAAGGAAGCUCUGGAUGAUUUUUACUAUUCCUCUGGCCUUAAACCUAAUCUUCUCAAAAGCCAGAUCUUCUUUUCAGGUGUUAACCCUGCUGUUAAGACUGAUAUUCUUAGCAUUCUUCCAAUUCCUGAAGGGUCUCUCCUGUGA